UUUAUUGCAGCACCAAAGCGAGAUUACAAGCACGUUUAUCCACUUUAAAGCGUCAAUUUCUUCCUGGAGAAGAGAAGCCUCGUUGUGUGCUUCAGUGAUGAGCCUUCUUUUGUUGGAGUUCCUUGAUGCUGGUGGCCGCCCUUUUCCUGUUUUGUUCAGCCUCAGAUGCAUCCAGCCUGUCUCGCUUCUUUUUCGUGAGCUCCUCCUUCCACCGAAUACUUGCGCCACACACCAUUUCACCAUACUGUCUGUAAUGUCAACAUUGGCUACACCACGUGCUGCUAAAACUCCAUCAUACACUAUUCUCUGCACAAUCAGAGAUUCUUCAUUCAGGUUCUUCAUGAGGCAUUCUUUAUUUACAGGAAAACCUCUUUCGAUAGCAGUAUUGCCAUGGGACAUGGUGAGGAUGAUCUUGACAAAGAUAAGCAACUCCUUAUGGUUCCGUGAGCACAGCUCAAACCACAAGGUGUCCAGUCUCUGUGCCAUCCUAUCAAAGUUCUUUAGAAGCUGUGCAGAGCUCGGCAAACAGACUUGCACAUAGGAUCGGUGCGCCCGUUCUGCUUCUAAGCCGGUCAGCCACCGGUGCUUUAGUUCCUAAAACCGGGUUCGCAAACAAACGCGGCACCUUCAGGAGUGAAAACAAAGACGACUAAAAGCGGCCAAAGCACCGAGGAGGUCUACGCUGGGAAGUGGCGCUUCUACUCGUGCCUGACUUUUCUUAACACUGUCAAAAGUGACGACGCAAGACUCGUCACCGAGGAGUUUGUGGAAAAGCAAAGUAUUGUCUCUGCGCAGCCGCAGUUGUACGCCACGUAGGCAUCGGCCGAGACCACGUGACCUGACGCGCUACUCGGGCACGCAUCGACAACAGGAGGCGCGGCACUCUUCGGCGGCGCUGAUAUCUGCAACAAAGGUCUGACGUCACCCAUUCCAGAGCUACAAAAGGAGCCUUCUUGCGCUUCCUGCAAUCACUUGGCAGUGGCGACGACCCCGGUGUGCAUCGCCUUACGCCUGUUAUUUCCUGUGGUGCAAAUUGUCUCGGCACAGCCGUAAUGGUCGCCUGCUGCGGCAGCCUCGCCGACUUUGCCGAUUUCGCCGGACGUGUGCGCAAUAUUACGGAGGAUGAGGCAUACCGAUACGUGUCGCCAUUACGACCACGGCUUAAGGAUCGACAGAAUCCCAUGGAAGUAUACAACCACGCAGAAUGCUCGUGGCGGUACCGCUUUUCCAAGCAAGCUGUGCUGCGGCUGUUGGAAAUGCUGCCACUGGUCCCAAAAGACAACGAACGCGGUCACCCCGUGCUGCCGCUGCUCCAGCUUCUAAUCGCGCUGCGAUUCUACGGCGCCGGAACAUUUCAGGUUGUCACCGGGGACCUCGUUAAUGUUUCACAAGCAACUGUGUCUAGAAUAAUUGCCCGAAUGUCAAGAAUGAUCGCCGAGACUUUGUUCCCGCAGCUCGUGAAGUUGCCAAAUGCUAAUGAUUUGGCAUCCGUAAUGGAGGAGUUCUACACCAUCGCACGGUUUCCUCGUGUGAGCGGGUGCAUUGACGGCACUCAUGUACCCAUCAGAAGUCCCGGAGGAGAGGAAGCGGAGGUUUUUCGCUGUCGAAAGGGGUACUUCUCCAUCAAUGUCCAGGCAAUCACAGGGCUUCGGCUUCAAUUUUUUUAUUUGGUUGCCAGCUGGCCCGGCUCAGCACAUGAUAGCCGAAUUUUCGAUAAUAGUCGAGCCAGAGCGCAGUACGAAGAAGGGAAUGUGCCUGGCAUCCUACUUGGUGACAAGGGGUACCUCUGCAGGUCCUAUGUCAUGACCCCUUUUCGGGAGACACAAAGCAGCCCUCAGCACAGGUACAACAAGUGCCACUCCAGGACUCGCUGCUGUGUUGAGAGGGCGUUUGGAGUAUGGAAGCGAAGGUUUCCUUGCCUUGAAAUGACUCUUCAGAUAAAAACAAAAUCAGUUCCCAUCGUCAUCACAGCUUGUGCUGCACUACGCAACUUCGGCCACCUGCUGAGAGACCCUGUCCCACCUCCUGCGCAAAGCCAGGCAAUACACAACGCCGCUUCGCGAGCUCCCACCCCUCCUUACAACCAACGCGACCAGGCAUGUCUCCAUUGCCAGACACAGCAAGUGGUUUCAGGAUCAGAGAUCGCAUAGUCGCACAGUAUUUUUCGUAAAUGGAAUGAGACAAAAUCACAGAAACAACAAAGACGUUUACUUUUUCUUCAAAGCUUCUAGCUGAAGCUUUAGAACUGCCGCUUUUGUUUUUUGGUAGGCUUCUUUAAGCCGAAGAAGCUGCAUAGUUUGCUCAUGUUCAGCUCGCCUAUGCAAGUAUUUGUAUUUGUGCUCGAGGCGCAUGCAUUUAUUUUCAAUAAAUGUUCCUUUUUGUUUUC